AUGAAUCUCCUUUUCAAGUUAUGCAUCAUCGCUUUGCCAUUCAGCUCGGCGACUUCUGUCAGGCGUGCCAAAUCAAGCAAGCAAGGAAAGAGCCCACGUAAGCCGGCCACCUACUUCUCCGUCCUCAGUGCGGCGCAAGAACCCAACGGCUGCGAAUCGACAGCUCUCGGAAACGCUGUGGCGACGUUCUUCGAGGACCAGCUCUGCGUCGCUGUCAGCUAUUCGGGCCUCUCCGGCCCCGAGCUCUUUAGCCACAUUCACGGCCCCGCUCCGAUUGGCGAAGAGAAUGCCGUUCUGUUUACCCUUUCCACGGGUACCAUCAAGAAUGACUGCUUUACGCUCGAUCAUGCGCUGGAGCGCCAGUUGAAGAAGGGUCUCUUGUACUUUCACGUGCAUUCGGAGCAGUGCCCCGGCGGCGAGAUUCGUGGGCAGAUAUUUGCCAAUGUGAUUUAG